UUCGCAGACGAACAUGGCGUAAUCUGUUACGGAUGGUUUCCCCUGUUGCCAGCGCUUGCCGGGUAGGCUCUAGGGAUCUCCAAUGAAUGCCCAUAAUAUUGCUUGAUUUACUUCCAUGCUGUGAUCUUGAUUGAUGAUGCGGAUGAUGCGGAUGAUGCGGAUGAUGCGAUACAAGUAAACCUAGACACCAGGGAAUGAUAGCUUCGCGUUGGGGAGUUUGUUUUGAUGGCAAUGCAUGAUAUAGUUCCGAGAGGAUGAGGAUUGACGUAAUAGUACAGUAGUAGUGGAGGGCGUAGGGAGUAGUACAACGGCGUACAAAGCAAGCAGGCAUGAUGAUGAUGAUGAUGAUGGGCUUCAGACAAAGACGAUGACGGGGUCUGGGCCGAGUCUCGCCCCGCACAGGCCAGCCAAACCGACGCACCCGCUGACUCUUGGCGGCCAAACCUUCUUCUUCACGACCACCACCCCAGCGGCCGUUUUGUCUUUCUCUUGUCUCUCUCUUUCAUCAUCCAUCCACACUCUUCAUCCCCCGUUCCACUAUCUCUACCAUCCUCGCCCUGCGCCUUCAAAACAGAGCUCAGUUCCACCCGCCCGCAUCUCAAUCCGAGAUCCGCCCGCCUCAUCAUUGGUUUCGUCGCGUCGUCUCGUGACGAAGCACACCACCUGUGACAACCCGACCUACUCCCACUACUCCCACCUACCUACCUACCAACCUUCCAUUCAUUCACCCAUCGCAACCACGCCCCACUUCCCCGUGUCGCGUCCAUCGCAAACAAGCCCCUCGAUCGCGUCACCUCACUCCUGGCCACCCACUCCACCCAUCCCCAGUCGCCCCGGGCAUGGCUCCGUAGCCCGUCCGUCGAGCUCGAUACGAUACCUCUUUCAUCUCGGUGAUCGAAUCGAAUUCCAUCUAGCAUCCCAUCCGAUCGACCAGAGCUGUCCAGCUCCAUCCACGCGACAGGGAGGACGGGGGAAUCCGGAGGGGGUUUGGAGAAGAUCGGAACAUACAUACAUAGUUGAAGCAAAUACGUGACGGCAUGCUUCUCCGGUUACCGCCUAGUCUUCAUUACCCGAUUACCGUCACGUCGCUGCUCAAACAGCCCGGUGAUGCGGUGGAACGGGAUGAGGCGCUGUUUUGGUAUGUGUACCAGACGACUGUCACGGAGGGUGAUGGGCUAGGGAAUAAGGUGGAGGUCAAGCGGAAGUUUCCGACUAAGUUUGAGUCGACGGUUGAUGGCGAGAUCGUGCAGUGGAAGGUGGCGAAGGGGGAUGUCAUUGAUGAACCGUAUGUUUUUUUUUUUUCUAA